CAAUUCAGAAUCCCCGUGAAGUUUUUUGUAAACUAACGACGAGUUCGUCUGUUAUUUCUGACAAGAGUUGUUCAGACAGUUGGGAAGAAUAGUUUAUUAGAUUAUUAUUUUCAUUCGCCGGUGGAACAAAGACAAUAGCUGUACAUGUAAAUUGUGUGAAGGGGUGGAGACUGUAGUAUGUGAAAAAGAUCCAUCUGUUGGGGUUUGUAAACUGGAGAUAAAUUCUAAAAAUAGUCGUUGGCAAAUGGCGGCCAGAGCAGCUCGGCUAAAAUAGACGGGAAGGAGAGAGCCUAGACCGCCGUUAUAGGGAAAAAAAGGCGAACGUUACCGGCCAUCUCAGUUGGGCAGAGCAAGUGGGCCCGUGAUCUUCUUUUCAGGCGAGACGCGACCAGUAGAGUAUUCACCGUAUCGUUGUGAAAAAUCUUUGGUAUCGACACCGCCUUCAUACAAAAACCCCAAACAUCCACCUCCUCCACCUACUUGCACCUCCCCACUCUCAUUAUUCUUUUUCUUUAAAUGAUACAAAAUACUAUAGAAUUGCAUUACAGCCCCGUUGGCCUGACAAAGGCGUGUCCGCUCGAGUUUUGACGGAUCGUUAAAACAAUUUGGAAUCCGCUCGUCCAACUCCCGUCACAAGGGCCAAUUAUUGUCGUGGUUUCAAUCUCCCUCUUGAAAUAGAACCAAGUACGUGUGUUUCAGUGGUUACCAAGACGGACGCUUGUCGCUAUUGUUAUUAUUUAAACGAUGGAUCUCUCGACCGACGUCUGGGGUCAGUUGGCGACGUUCAGAGGCACGCUUGAAGAACAGCACAACGCCAGAUCUAAAACGACAAUCGACAAGUUGCCGGACAAGGUUGUGCUCCAGAUUUUUUCGUAUUUGAGCCACCGAGAGAUUUGCCGUUUGGCUCGAACUUGUCGAAAAUGGCGAAUGAUCGCGUACGAUUCAAGAUUGUGGAAAUGUGUCUCUCUCCGACCUGAAAUGUCUGGCCUUCAUGUGAGCAGUCUUGAAGCUUUAUUGGCUUUAAUCAGCAUUCGUUUUGGUCCGUCCUUGCGCUACAUCGAACUACCCAUCGAAUUGAUAACACAUACGGUUUUGUAUGAACUUGGAAGCAAAUGCCCCAAUCUCACCCACAUGUUGUUGGACUUCAGCACAGCCAUGCAGUUGCAUGACUUUAACGAGCUACAGGGUUUCCCGACUAAGCUGCGCUACAUGUGUAUCUGCUUGAGUGAAGUCAUCUUCAUGGAGGGUUUCAUGCGAAAGAUUUAUUCGUUCAUCAAUGGACUAGAAGUUCUUCACCUAAUCGGCACAUACGAGAAGAUAAGCGAAGAGGAAGAAGAAAUUUAUGAAGUUAUCAAUAUCCAUAAAAUGAAAUCUGCCACUCCCAAUUUGCGAAUUGUCAAUCUCUACGGAAUCAACUUUGUAGACGACAGUCACGUGGAAGCUUUCAGCUCCAACUGCAUUCAGCUCGAGUGCCUGGCUGUAAACUACUGCGCCAAAGUGACCGGAUCUUCACUGCGAAUCCUGUUUCAACGGUGCCGUAAGAUGCGAUGUCUUUUGGCCCAGCAAACAGGAUUGUUGAGCGAGCAUGUGCAAGCCGUCGAAUGGGAGAAGACCCAGCUGCAAGAGUUGGAUAUUACUGGCACCGAUCUGACGUCAGAUUGCUUGACUGACCUGUUGACUCGCGUGCCCGCCCUCCGUUGGCUUAGCGCCGGACAGCAGGACGGAUUCAACGAUAGCGUGUUGCGCGCGUUUGCCGAUAAAGGAAAUGCUCGCAGUUUGAUGGCACUGGAUCUGGAUCGUUGCGAAUCCCUGAGUGAGGAUGGCCUCUACAAAUUCCUUUUGAGAUUCGGCCCGCAAUUACGAGGAUUGGUGCUCUCUGGAAUCCCUCACGUCACUGACCAACUGUGGACCGGUACCUUGCCAUCCCUCCGUCAAGUCAAGAUUCUCGUCAUGGGCAUGUCUGAAGGUUGUUGUCCGAAAAUCAGUCAAAAGGUUUUAGUUGAUCAACUGGUAGAUUGCAUAGCUCAAAACUGUUUUCAGCUGGAGCGACUUGAACUUCGGUGGGAUCCUGAAACUCUCCGUUAUUCGGAUAAAAGUCAAAAGGCUAUCGACACGUUGCGUGUUCGUUGCCUACGUCUCAAGUGUCUCGUGCUAAGUGACGGAAAGUAUUAUGAAACAGUCAAGGCAAAUUUCGAGCGAGCGGAUCGUACUACUGUUGUCCGGACUACAACUAAUUGCCGUGUUUCCAACUGCUACUUGUUGUCGUGCUAUCAAGACCUACUCUUCAACUAAAACAAACCCCGAAUCAGCUGACACAAACACGCAGAUUACGUUUUGGUUUUUGUGUAUUAUUAUUAAUCAUUGUUGUGAGGGAUGUCAGGACAUCCUAAAAAAAGGAGAAAAGAAAAACUCAAUCUGAAAGAAUUAAAAAAAAUUACUUGCUUCGUCUUUUUCAUCAAAAAUGUACCCUUAAUUAAGGUCAAGGAUGGAAAAUAUUGAAAACACAAUCACUUGGCUAAAUAGAAGCUACAGUUAAACACAUAACCUGUUAGAUGCACCAACUAAAAUU